AUGCAACGGCGAGGCUCCGAUGCUGGGCCCCCGGAUUAUUCCUAUUCCGGUCCCCAGUCCCCGUCCGGCGGUGCGGGCGCGGGUGCUGGCGCUGGUGCUCAUGUGCCCGUCGCGGCGUCUACUACUACCCGUAGUCUACGGUGCAGCAGCAAUGACGGGACCGCUCUGCCGGGUCCUCCUGCCGUCACGGGCCACGGCCGUCUGAGGGCCAAGGAGUGA